AAAAGGAUGUCUGCAUAAUCUCCCUUAAAACAACGUGCCAAGGUUAACCUACUUCAGUUUGGGUGAAUACUGACUGCUACCACACAGAGGUCCCAACAAGGCACUAAGAGAGACCUUGAACACUGCUGAUGGAUAUAAAAAUGGACAACUUUACUACCCCCUCUGCAGCUCCUCUGGGAAGCGACUGUGACCUCUACGCCCACCACCGCACAGCCAGGAUCCUCAUGCCUCUGCAUUACAGCAUCGUCUUCAUAAUUGGGCUCGUGGGAAACUUGUUGGCCUUGACUGUCAUUAUUCAAAACAGGAAAAAAAUCAACUCUACCACUCUAUAUUCAACCAAUUUGGUGAUUUCGGACAUACUUUUUACCACUGCUCUGCCUACACGGAUAGCCUACUAUGCACUGGGCUUUGACUGGAGAAUCGGCGAGGCCUUGUGUAGGAUAACUGCUCUCGUGUUUUACAUCAACACGUACGCAGGCGUGAACUUCAUGACCUGCCUGAGCAUUGAUCGGUUCUUUGCUGUGGUGCACCCCCUGCGGUACAACAAGAUGAAAAGAAUUGAACAUGCAAAAUGCAUUUGCAUAUUUGUCUGGAUUCUCGUAUUUGCUCAAACACUCCCACUGCUCAUAAAACCUAUGUCAAAGCAGGAGGCUGAAAGGACUACGUGCAUGGAAUAUCCAAACUUUGAAGAAACCAAAUUUCUUCCCUGGAUUCUGCUUGGUGCAUGUUUCAUAGGAUACGUACUUCCCCUCGUCAUCAUUCUUAUCUGCUAUUCUCAAAUCUGUUGCAAGCUCUUUAAAACUGCCAAACAAAACCCAUUAACUGAGAAAUCUGGUGUAAACAAAAAGGCUCUCAACACAAUUAUUUUUAUAAUUGUUGUGUUUGUUGUCUGUUUCACACCUUAUCAUGUUGCAAUUAUUCAACACAUGAUUAAGAAGCUUCGUUUUCCUGAUCUCCUGGAAUGUAGCCAAAGAUAUUCAUUCCAGAUAUCUCUGCACUUUACAGUAUGCCUGAUGAACUUCAAUUGCUGCAUGGACCCUUUUAUAUAUUUCUUUGCAUGUAAAGGGUACAAGAGAAAGGUCAUGAAGAUGCUGAAACGUCAAGUCAGUGUAUCAAUUUCCAGUGCCGUGAAGUCAGCCCCUGAAGAAAACUCACGUGAAAUGACGGAAACUCAAAUGAUGAUACAUUCCAAGUCUUUAAAUGGAAAGUAAAAAGGAAUUAAAUCUUGGAUUUAUAGCAAAGUAAACUGUAUGACAAACUUUGCAGGACUUUUCUUAUAAAUCAAAAUGAUUGUUUAACUUCUAAUUAGGAUUCUUUUAAAUUCCUUUCAUUGGGCACUAUUUCUCACCUCCGACUUGGAAGUAAAUUGAUAUAUAUGCAUUUUUUUACACUCGAGGACAACAUUAAGCAAAGUUCUAAUCUGUAAAUGAAAUACUACACCAAAAGGGAGCGUAUUUUAAUAACUCACAGUGUAGAAAGAAAAGUUUUGUGUUAAUGAAAAAUUUAAUCAUUAAUAUUUCCUGCCAAUAAUUUGGCAAAAGAAAAAAAGACUGUUAAAAUUGUAUAUUGCAAAAAAAAAAUUGUAUAUUGCCAGUGUAGAAAUGUUAAUAUUGUAACAUAUUUCUUUUCUUUUUUUUGAUAACAUAUUUCUUCAGUUCAUGUUUCUUUCAAUCUUAGACUUUAUCUCCUCGAUAAUAAGUUUUUUUGUUUUGUUUUGUUCUGAGUCAUAAAUUUUUGUUUCAAAAAACUCUUUUGGAAUAAAGAGCUGGAUGCUACAAAAUUAUGAGUAUGUCCUUCAAUGCUCACUGUCAACUCUCAGCAAAAGUUACAGGGA